AUGUUGGGAGUUGAGGAGGUGCAAUAUCUUAUGUUGGAAGGUGAGGAGUAUCUUAUGUUCGAAAAGGAGAUGGUGCAAUAUGGGUUGAGGAGGUGCAAUAUGUUUGGAGUUGAGAAGUGGAGGAGGUGUAAUAUGUUGGGAGUGGAGGAGAUGCAAUAUGUAUGGAUUGUAGGAGGCCCAAUAUCUUGGGUGUGGAGGAGGUGCAAUAUGUUAGGAGGUGAGAGGAGGUGCAAUAUGUUGGAAGUGGAGGAAGUGCAAUAUCUUGGGUCGGGAGGAGGUGCAAUGUGUUGGGAGGUGAAGAGGUGCAAUAUGAGCGAAGAUGAUGCAAUAUGUUGGGAGGUGAGGAGGUGCAAUAUCUUAUGUUGGAAGGGAGGUGAUGAGGAGGGAGUUGAGGAGGUGCAAUAUGUUGGGAGUGAAGGAGGAGGUGCAAUAUGUUGGGAGUUGAGGAGGCGUAAUAUGUUGGGAGUUGAGGAUGUGCAAUAUCUUAUGUUGGGAUGUGAGGAGGUGAAAUAUCUUAUGUUAGGAGAGUUGGGAAAUGCAAUAUGUUGGGAGGGGAGGUGGUGCAAUAUCUUGGGUCGAGAGGAUGUGAAAUAUAUUAUGUUGGGAGGGGAGAUGGUGCAAUAUGAGGUGCAAUAUGUUGGAGGGGAAGUGGUGCAAUAUAUUGUGAGGGGAGGUGGUGCAAUAUCUUGGGUUGGCAGGAGGUGCAAUAUCAUGGGUCGGGAAGAGGUAAAGUUGAGGAGUUGCAAUAUGUUGGGAGUUAAGGAGGUGCAAUAUCUUAUGUUGGGAGGUGAGGAGGAGUUGAGGAGGUGCAAUAUGUUGGGAUUUGAGGGAUGCAAUAUCUUGAGAGUUGAGGAGGUGCAAUAUGUUGGGAGGUGGUGCAUUAUCUAUGUUGGGAGGGGAGGUGGUGCAAUAUCUAUGUUAGGAGGGGAGGAGAGGUGCAAUAUUUUUGUUGGGAGGGUAGGAGAGGUGCAAUAUCUAUGUCGGGAGGGGUGGAGAGGUGCAAUAUUUAUGUCAGGAAAGGAAAAGUGGUGCAAUAUCUAUGUCAGGAGGGGAGGAAGUUCAAUAUCUAUGUCGGGAGGGGAUGAGGUACAAUAUCUAUGUCAGGAGGGGAAGAGGUGCAAUAUGUAUGUCAAGAGGGGAAGAGGUGUAAUAUGUAUGUCAGGAAGAGGUGCAAUAUCUAUGUCGGGAGAGGAGGAGAGGUUCAAUAUCUAUGUCUGGAGGGGAGUAGGUGCAAUAUCUAUGUCGGGAGGGGAGGAUAGGUGCAAUACCUAUGUUGGGAGGGGAGGAGGUGCAAUAUGUAUGUUCGGAGGGGAAGAGGUGCAAUAUGUUGGGAGGAUGUGUAAUAUAUAUGUUGGGAGAGGAGGAGAGGUGUAA